CCCUCUUGUCAGUCCAGUCCUCCCUGUCCCAGGGGUCGUCGUCUUCGUCUCCCCCGAUGCCAGAUCUCACCUUCCCCCUGCGCCCCAUGCCCUCAAGCCUCUCCCCUCUCUAGCAUCCGCCCCGCCCCUCCGAUGGAAGCCGCGCGGCCGCCCCACGGGGGCGCGCCCGCGCGGGGCCUCGGGCGGCACGAGUACGCGGUGCUGGCGCUCACCUUCGCGUCCUACGCGUCGUUCCACGCCUCCCGCAAGCCGCCGAGCAUCGUCAAGGCGGUGCUCUCCGCGGGGUGGGCGCCCUUCUCGGGCGCCCGCGGCACGCACCGCCUCGGCGAGCUCGACGUCGCCUUCCUCUCCGCCUACGCGCUCGCCAUGUUCGCCGCGGGCCACCUCGCCGACCGCGCCGACCUCCGCCGCCUCCUCGGCGCCGCCAUGCUCGCGUCGGGAGCGGCCUGCGCGGCGCUCGGUGCCGCGUACUUCCUCGACGUCCACGCGCUCGCCUUCUUCGCGGCAGCUCAGGUCGCCAGCGGCGUCGUCCAGUCCGCCGGCUGGCCCUGCGUCGUCGCCAUCGUGGGGAACUGGUUCGGACACUCGUCUAAGCGCGGCACCAUCAUGGGGGUGUGGAACUCGCACACGUCCGUGGGCAACAUCGCCGGCUCCGUCCUCGCCGCCACCGUACUCGAGUUCGGAUGGGGGUGGUCGUUCUUGGUGCCAGCGUUCGUCAUCGCCGCGCUCGGGGUCGUCGUGCUGGUGUUCUUGGUCGCACACCCGAGUGAGGCCGGGUUGGAGGUGCAGGCGAUGGAGGUUGAGAUGAAUGGGGAUGGUGGGGAGGAGGUGGGGCUGCUUGGGCAGGAUAAGAAAGAGGCCCAAGGGAAUGAGGAUGACGAGUUGGAGCUGGAGAUGGGAUCGCAAUUGCCGAGGGCGAUUGGGUUCUUGGAGGCUUGGAGACUGCCUGGCGUUGCGCCGUUUGCAUUCUGUCUCUUCUUCUCCAAGCUCGUGGCUUAUACCUUCCUCUACUGGUUGCCAUUCUAUAUCAGGAACAAUGCCGUAGCAGGCCAGCUCUUGUCACACAAGGCUUCUGGAAUUUUAUCGAUUGUAUUUGACAUAGGAGGGGUUUUAGGAGGGAUUUCAGCUGGUUUCCUCUCAGAUGCCAUAGGUGCCCGUGCAGUAACAUCAGUUCUGUUCCUCUUCCUCUCAAUCCCUGCACUCAUCGUGUACCGGACAUAUGGAAGCAUAUCCAUGCACCACAACAUUGGCCUCAUGUUCCUCUCCGGCUACUUCGUGAAUGGUCCAUACUCCCUCAUCACCACGGCAGUAGCAACUGAUCUUGGCACCCAAGAUGCGAUCAAAGGGAAUUCGCGAGCACUGGCGACAGUUUCUGCCAUAAUCGACGGCACUGGCUCUGUUGGUGCGGCAUUGGGGCCCUUGCUUACGGGUUACAUCUCAACUAGAGGAUGGAACAGUGUAUUUUUCAUGUUGAUUGUUUCCAUCUCACUUGCCAUCUUGUUUUUGAUACGGCUGGCAAGGGAUGAGAUAGUAGCCAAGCUUGGCACAAGAAGUUAAAGAGUAGUAUAUGUUUAAUUGGUGAUGCUUCAGAGUUCAGACUUCAGGCUGUAGGUACUUCAGCAGGAGCUUAGUUAGGCCAUUUCUUGCAACAUGUAUUUAGAAUGGUUGUUUGUUGCCAUACACUUGUACAAUGUGAAACUAUACACCCCCAGAAAGAGGAAUACAAUUUUGCCCGUGACUGUAGCAA